AUGACGUUCGCCUAUAAGAGAGUGCUCCUGGUUGGAGCCACCGCCGGGAUCGGCGCGGCAAUUGGAGAUCGUUUGGUCCGUGAAGGGGCCAAGGUCAUCGCAGUCGGACGACGACAGGAACGUCUCGACACAUUUGUUGAGAGGCACGGCAAGGACAAAGCCAGCGCUCUUCGAUUCGACAUCAGCGAAAGGGGCAAUAUCGACCAGUUCGUGCAGAACGUCACAAACACCUAUCCGGACCUUGAUUGUGUGUUCCUGAAUGCAGGAGUCCAGCGCCCGUUCGACCUAGCAAAGCCAGAGAUGGUCGAUCUUGCCGCGUUUCACUCCGAGAUCGAAGUCAACUUCUCGUCCUUUGUCGAUCUGACCAUGAAAUUUCUCCCAUUCCUACAGAACAAGGACACCGAGACGAGUCUGAUUUUCACUGGAUCGAACCUGGCAAUUGUGCCUGCAGCUAUGUUACCUGCGUAUUCGGCUUCAAAAGCAGCCCUGAAUGUUUUUGUUCUCUGUCUGCGCGAGCAAUUGAAAAGCUCAUUGGUCAAAGUCAUCGAGUUGUCGCCGCCUCCUGUUCAGACCGAGUUGCAUGAUUAUAUGGGUGCAGAUAAGGGGCGAAAGCUUGGUAUGCCGGUUGACAGGUUUUGUGACGCUGCCUUCGACGGUCUGCUCUCUGGCAGCGAUCAGAUCGUCAUUGGGUCCGUUGGUCCAGCACAGUUUUUCAAUGACAUUGUCGACAAGCGGCGGCAGACAUUUGAGAAUCUUGCAAAGAUGAUGAAGGAACGACACUGA